AUGUCUGAACCCACCAGAAUUAAGAAGGAAGACCCAAUGAUCCCCAGGCCCCCUUUGACGUUGGAGGACAUAAUCGCCGGACUACAGUCUCUUGCCGAUCUCACAAGCCUUCAAUCCUGCAACGCUGGUCGGGCUCGUAAUAUCGCAAAAAUAAUCGAACUAUACCAGAGCGGACAGCGCACCAUAGAGGACAAGAUCUGGGUUCUUGGUGGAGAAUCCGUGAGCGAGGAAGUUGCAAAAGCAUCUAAAAAGACCUACCUCUACGUAUGUUCGAUCCAAAAAGUGCUUAUUCAACUUCCCUAA